CCACUGGCUCCUCUGACCUUUGACCCCUUGACCCCAGUCCACUUGGGACCGGAACGCUUAUCCCAGCCGUGCGGUGCAGAACGGCCUGUCCCGGGAUAGGCCGCGCCCCUGGGGAGGAACCGGGAAAUAUUCCCGAGAACCGCGCGAGGGGGCGGAGCACCGUGACCUCUGACCCGCGCACGUGGGGCGAGGAGGCGGAGCAGCGCGGCGCACGCGGGACUCGUGGAGCCGCCGCUGGAGGAGCUGCCCUGCCGGGAAGGAGCCAUGGAGCGGGCGGGGGGGAGCCGCCGGCUGUCCAUUCCCAGUACCCAAGUGCUGGAGGAGCAAGCCCAGGAAAGUGAUGACCUGACAGACAGCGAAGAGAGCGUCUACUCUGGGCUGGAGGAUUCUGGAAGUGACAGCAGCACAGAGGAGGAGGCGGAGGACCAGGACAGCAAUGAUGAGGGGAAGCGGAAAGGCAAUUCCCUCUCAAAGAAGGCACAAGCCAGGAUGGCUUCCCAGAAGAAGGAACAAGUGCAGUGCCAGAGCUUGGAGACCGACUCAAAGCCCAGCGCCCAGCAGGAACUGCCUCUGAAGGGUGAAUACGAGGAGGACAGCUCAGACGAAGAGGAUGUGCGUAACACAGUGGGCAACAUCCCCAUGGAGUGGUACCAGGACUACCCGCACAUCGGCUACGACCUGGACGGCAAGAGGAUCUACAAGCCGGUCCGAACCAAGGAUGAGCUGGACAAGUUCCUGGACAAGAUGGAGAACCCCGAUUACUGGCGGACAGUGCAGGACAAGCAGACGGGGGCGGACCUGAGGCUGACGGACGAGCAAGUGGAGCUGGUGCAGCGUCUGCAGAAAGGGCAAUUCGGAGACGUGCACGUCAACCCCUAUGAGCCAGCCAUUGACUUCUUCAGCAGCCAGGUGAUGAUCCACCCGGUGACGAACCGCCCAGCCGACAAGCGCAGCUUCAUUCCCUCCCUCCUGGAGAAGGAGAAGGUCUCCAAGCUGGUCCAUGCCAUCAAGAUGGGCUGGAUCAAACCUCGCAAGCCCAAGGAGGACACGCCCACCUACUAUGACCUCUGGGCCCAGGAGGACCCCAACUCCAUCCUGGGGCGCCACAAGAUGCACGUGCCAGCCCCAAAGCUGCGGCUGCCGGGCCACGAGGAGUCGUACAACCCCCCGCCCGAGUACCUGCUCAGCGAGGAGGAGAAGCUGGCCUGGGAGCAGCAGGAGGUGGCGGAGCGGAAGCUGAACGUCCUGCCCCAGCAGCACCGGUGCCUGCGUGCAGUGCCAGCCUACGCCCGCUUCAUCCACGAGCGCUUUGAGCGCUGCCUCGACCUCUACCUGUGCCCGCGCCAGAGGAAGAUGAGGGUGAACGUGGACCCGGAAGACCUGAUCCCCAAGCUGCCAAAGCCGCGGGACCUGCAGCCAUUCCCCACCACGCAGGCCCUGGUCUACCGCGGGCACACCAGCCUUGUGCGCUGCCUCAGCAUCUCCCCCAGCGGGCAGUGGCUGGUGUCAGGCUCCGAUGACGGCACGGUGCGGUUCUGGGAGGUGAGCAGCGCCCGCUGCAUGAAAACCCUCCCGGUGGAGGGCGUGGUGAAGAGCGUCGCCUGGAACCCCAACCCCGCCGUCUGCCUGGUGGCCGUGGCUGUGGAGCAGUCCGUCCUGCUGGUGAACCCCUGCCUCGGGGACAAGCUGCUGUACGCGGCCACGGACCAACUGAUCGAGGGCUACGUGCCGCCGGAGGAGGAGCGGCUGCAGCCCGUCACCUGGGCCGUGGCGGCCGGCGCGGAGCACGGCAGAGGUGUCCGUCUGAUCAUCCGGCACGGGAAGCCCGUGAAGCAGGUGACCUGGCACCCCCGAGGCGACUACCUGGCCAGCGUCCUGGCUGCCGACGGCCACACGCAGGUGCUGAUCCACCAGGCCAGCAAGCGCUGGAGCCAGAGUCCCUUCCGCCGGAGCAAGGGGCAGGUGCAGUGCGUCCUCUUCCACCCGCUGCGGCCCUUCUUCUUCGUGGCCACCCAGCGCUGCGUCCGCCUCUACAACCUGCUCAAGCAGGAGCUCGCCAAGAAGCUGCUGACCAACUGCAAAUGGGUGUCCAGCAUGGCCGUCCACCCCGCAGGAGACAACCUGAUCUGUGGGAGCUACGACAGCAAGCUGGCCUGGUUCGACCUGGACCUGUCCACCAAGCCCUACCGCGUGCUGAGACACCACAAGAAGGCGCUGAGAAGCGUGGCCUUCCACAGGCACUACCCACUCUUCGCCUCGGGCUCGGACGACGGGAGCGUCAUCGUCUGCCACGGCAUGGUCUACAAUGACCUGCUGCAGAACCCGCUGAUCGUGCCCGUGAAGGUGCUGAAGGGCCACGCGCCGGCCCGAGACCUGGGCGUGCUGGACGUCCUCUUCCAUCCCACCCAGCCCUGGCUCUUCUCCUCGGGCGCCGACGCCUCCAUCCGCCUCUUUGCGUAACCCCAGCGCGGCCACCGGCCCUGCAUGGCACCGGGGCUUCGCCAGGCCAGCCUGGGGACUGCGAGCGGCACCGCGGGCUUCUCUUCACCCGUCCCUGCCCUGCCCAGGAGGGGCAGGGACGGAGCCCAAGCCGGGGCUGGAGCAGGCUGCCUGCCUUGGGAGCCAUGCCCUGGGCUCCACACCGGGACGCACGGGGUCUCUCAUUAAACUCCUCUGGACACAAA